AUUGUUGGUUGGUACCAUUGGCGCGUUGCCAUGGUUACGUCAAUACAACAAAUAGAAGUUUUUGUGACAAUUUCAUUUGCUUGAUGGCUUCGAAUUUUGAUGAUUGUUCUUCAAUUAAUAGUUCAAGUGCUCAAUUAAGUGUAAGGAAUCAGACAAAGGAAAAAUUUGAAUCGUUGCUUAAAGCCGCCGUGCGUAAAAAACGCCCAACUGAAGUGAACCAGUCCAGGGAACAACUUUUGGAGUCUCCCUCUGGUAGUGCUGAAAAUUUAUCAAAUGAUAAAAAAUCAGGCAAGAAAUUACGUAAAGAAAGUGAAAAUUAUAUUCUGAACAAAUUUCUUGAUGACUCCUCUGACCACUGCCACACGUAUGAAAUUGCCUCUGAGGGCUCGCAGAACUCGAGUCAGAUUAAAGCCCCAAUCCCAAAACCAAGAACGAAAAAACCUGCAUCGACCACCAGUCAACGAACGUUCGAAGUGACGUCUCCAAAAAUUGUGAAAAAUGAUAAUGGGAGUCAAGUGAGUAACGCCACGUUCAAUGUUGAGGAAAUAGGGGAUGUUUUGGUGCAUAAAAGUCCCCUUAAAGCGAAAAUAAUUGUGAAAGAAAAUGUUAAGGCAAGACUUUCGGACAAAAGUGAGAGUAAUGAUGAAUCUUCAGAAUCAGAAAUUAAUGAGAACACUAAAAAGAAGAAACUAAUAAAAAUUGAAUCUGAAGAACAGAAAGUGAAGAAAAGUUACACGUAUGAUAAAAUAGUGGAGGUCACAAUUCUGAAAACUGACCGGCUUCAGCUCAGUUCUUUGGUGGUUCAUCCGAUAAUAAAACUUCACGUUAUUGAUGCAAUGACGGGGAAAUAUUUUCCGAAAAGUGAUAAAAGUCGCUCCGUUGUAUUUUUUUACGAAAACAGUGAUAAUGAUUAUAUUUCGCCAGUGAUGACACGUGCUUAUAAUUUACAGGAAAAAAGGAUCUUAUAUCCUUUAUGGGAAGAAAGCAUUUUAUUAAAUGAGGAUUUUGAGUACUUCAAAGAUGAAAGUAAUCGGAUAAUAUUAUUUUUUGAGCUCUUGGACUUCGUUUCUGUUUCAACACUGCACCAACUAAACCAAAAAGAAUGUGUAAAAGGUUGGCACAAUAUCGCGUUUGCCUUCCUCAAGCUAGCUGGAAAAAACGGCGAACUAAAUAUUGGCAAAAAUUUAAGGCUCCAGUUGUACCAUUCUCACCAAACAAAGAAAAACGACCCUCAAGUGUGUAAUGCCUGGGUUUGGUGGAAGAAAAAAAAAUUGAAAAAAUAUCCAUCAACUUUACACAUUGCCAUUAAAUCGGUGGUAUCACCGACUAAAGUUGUGGAAACAUUUCGUUCGAAAACACCGAUUCAGAGAGAGACUAGUUCACGAACAAAACUGUGUGACGAAAUUCAAAAUAAUCAAAUUUUAAAUCCUGAGGGAGCAAUCGUGAGCGUGGAAAAUAAGUCAGAUGAAAAAAAUAAGGAAACACUGCUGACUUGGUCUAGGAAACGUAACGAAGUUUGCAAGUUUCCGAAUAAGUGUUUGGUAAAAUUUAACAGUCUUGAGCAAGGCUGUUUUGUUAUGAAAUUUAGUCCUAGUGGAAAAUAUCUAGCGUGCGCUGUCCAGAAUGAAGAUUUAUUUUACGUUAUUGUUUAUUCGAUAGUGUCACUAAACGAAGUCAAUAGGUUUCCAUCACACCAGGCAAUAAUUUACUGCCUCAGAUGGUUUAGUGACGAUGUCCUGCUUUUAUCAGCGAGUGCUGAUAAUACAGUUUGUAUUCACAACUUGUCUGACUCUUCUUUUCAAAUUUUACCACAUCCAUCUUUUGUAUACUGCUGUGAUAUAAGUAAAGACAAAGUGAUAGUUACUGGUUGCUACGAUGGGAUAAUAAGAAUUUGGAACCAAACACCUUCUGAUAAAAAAUCAGAAUUCCAUUUGUAUCAAGAAUUGGAAGCUCAUAAAGCAUACAUUACGUCCCUCUGCUGGAACAAAAAAUCUAGCAUUUUUUCGGCAGAUUCGACAGGUGCUAUUAUAGAAUGGCAAAAGAAAGACAACGAUUGGGUGUUAAAAAGAGAAAUAAAUUUGCUGGAUUUAAAAGAAACAGUUAUAAACCAGAUACUGCUAUUUCCGAACGAAAAAAGACUACUGGUGCAUUCUCGUGAUAACAUAAUUCGAAUAAUUGAUUUAAAAAGUGGGUGUGUUUUACAUUGGCUGCGUGGAGCGUCCAACAAAAGAUUUCAGUUAUUCUGUUCCAUUUCGCCUUGCGGAACUUAUGUUAAUUCCGGUAGCGAAAAUGGAUUUGUUCACGUGUGGAAUGCAAAAAAUGGGCAUGAGGUUGCUGUGUACCUUCCUUAUGCGUCAGAUCAUCAGUUUUUGACCAUACAUUGUGUCGAUUUUCACCCAUAUGAUAACAUGGUAGCAAUUUCUCACUAUGGGAGGAAUCUACCAGUUUUAAUCUUCUGUUUUGAUAAGAAUAUAGAAAAGCCUGAAGUUGAGCUCACUUUUAAAGAAAACGUCGAAGUUGAAUACGUAAAGAAUCAACAGUCUAGUAAAGAAUUGAGAUUAAAUGGAAGUAUAAAAAGGGAACGAUGUUCUAACAAAAAUGAGGAAAAGAUAGACUUUAAGGCCAUUUUACACAAAAUGGAUGUAGUGCUCACAUUACAGAAAAAUUAAGUUAUUCUAUACCUAAUUUUAUACUUUUAUUUAACUAAAUAUCUAGUUUUGGCUUUAAAAGUGAGACUAGAAGAAAACUUUUGGAAGUAUUAAAAAGCCUAGACAUGAAAGACUUCACAAAUUAGAAAAAAACUCACGUUGUAAUUAAUGAAAAAAUUAUUUAAGUAAUUAUUAGAUUUAUCUUUAAGAAUCAGUCUUAAAAAGAAUUUAUUACAUAAUUAAAAGCUGUUUAAGUCGAGAGACUGUAGAAGCUUAACAGUAACCUAAACAGUAAUUAAAAAAGUUUUUUUGAAGUCAGUACUUUGUUCCACUCUUAAAAUUAAGACUGGAAGAGUAUCUAUUGAAGAAUUCAAAGAUGGAAAACUUAAGAAACUUUAGAACAAUUUAAAUAAAAAAGCUAAUUAUUUCAUUAAGUCAGUAUUUUGUUUUUUCUUCGAAAGUAAGCUUACAAAAGAAUUUAUUAAAGAAUUUAAACAAACUUGACUUAGAAGAGUUUAGAAACUAUAGGAAUUAAAGAACUAUAAGAAAUGUUAGAAACUAAAGAAAAAUCUAAGUUGGAAUUUAAAGGCUUUCUAGACAGUAAGUAGAAAAUCAUCUAAAAGAAAACUGAAACUUGGUACAAAUUAUAGAAGCCAUUACAAAAAAAUAUUAAAUAAAAUCUUCACUUAAAAUGUAGAAUUUUAUAGAAAAAAACAAGAAACAAAUAAAAAAAAUGUAAAAUAAACUCUAUACGCCAUAGAAACUUGAAAAUCUAAAAAAAUCAAAAUAGUGAUUUUAAAAAACAUCAAAAAAGAUAAAAAAAAGUUUCUAUUAGAAAGUAUUAGAACAAGUGCAAAUGGUUAAAAAAUUUAGAAAAAAAUAUGGAAAGAUAAAAAAGAUAGACUUUAAGGCCAUUUUACACAAAAUGGAUGUGGUGCUAACAUUACAGAAAAAUUAAGUUACCUACUUAAGUUAUACCUACUUUUAUACUGCUGUAGUCGAUAAAUUAUAAUAAGAAUUAUCUGUGGUCUGACGGAGACGGACAUGUUGUUGUGUUGUAGCGAGAUUUGUUUGUUAUAUUACAGGUGUUGUAAUUUUGACGGUUUCUGGCGUACAGCUCCAGUUUAAAGUGGUUGAAAGUUAGCACACGGCGACCGUGCAGCCAAAGACCGCAGGAGAAGUAACAGGCAGGUGACGCCUUAGCACAGUGAACCCAAAAUGGCGGUCUUGCGAAUUACUUACAUAACGAAACAACACAAAUGUCCUGUCUGCUGGAAGGCGCUCGGAAGUCCAGGCGUGUUGGGCGACCAACAGGGGUGAUGUGUAAGCCAGAUUAUAAGACAGGUGGUCUAAAUCUGCUACACGUGGCGGCCGAUACAGAUGAGGGGACAGGCGGUCUCUGAGUCUGGUAGGCGACAAGUAGUAAGUGUUACUAGUCACAUAGGGCUAGUAAACCUGCUACUUUUGGCGGGCGAGAAGUAUCCAAGAUGAUACGAACUCGUGGCGGGCAGUAAGUAGUAAAGUUGUGACAAGCUGUCUUCAACUUUGCUACUUCUGGCGGAGGAUAAGAUAAGGGGACAUGCGGUCUCUAAAUCUUCUACUCAUGAAGGGCGAUAAGUAACAAAGGUGUUAGCCAGGUAAUGGAAGGGACAGGCUGCUACUGCUGUUCCUUCUGGAGGGUGAUAAGGCGUAACGCCAGACAAGGGGUCAGGCGGUCUUUAAGUCUGACUCGUAGCGGGCGAUAAGUAGCAAAGGCGUAACGAGCCAGAUAAGGGGGCAGGCGGUCUCUAAGUCUGGUUCUCAUGGCGGGCGUUAACCUGAAAAGAACCAAUACAAGUGGUUUCCAAAUCUAUGACUUACUGUGGGCGAAGAAGAACGUACCCAUUGAAGACAAUCUAACUUGAAAUGUCCAUAAAAUAUGACCAAGACCAUAAUAAGGGACCAAAACAUGAUGUUUUGUGAUAUUCCCACCACUGGUGACCAGUCAUUCCCUGAAGAGGAAUGGGGGUCAUGGACUGACGAAUAGGAACUUCCGGUUUUGGUGAAGAUGGGCACAAGUAUUUUGGCAUGAUGUGUAAUACUAUUUCCACAAUACAAUAAAGUUUUGGAAACCCAAAUAA